CACAGCCCGUCAAGAUGAGCCAGCUCGGUCCGUCUCUCAAAGAGUCCUCCGGCGGCUCCAAGUCGGAGCUGCCCUGGACAAAGGAGAACCUGCCCAAGCAGCUGUUCAUCAACAACGAGUACGUCGACUCCAAAAACGCAAAGAAGCUCGAGCUCUACAACCCCGCCGACGGCUCCCUCAUCGCCAAGGACGUCGCCCUCGCGGGUGAGGCCGACGUCGAGUCCGCCGUCGCCGCCGCGGAGGCCGCAUACCCAGCGUGGCGCAAGACGCCCGCGACCUUCCGGCGCGACUGCCUGGCCAAGCUGGCCGACCUGAUCGAGCAGCACGGCAAGCAGCUCGCGUCGCUGACGCGCAUCUCGCUCGGCGCGCCCUUUGGGUCGUUCGGCAGCUUCGAGGUCAACAUGUGCGCCGAAGGGUUCCGGUACUUCGCGGGCUGGACGGACAAGUUCGCGGGCGAGUCGUACCCGCAGGACGACGGGUUCAUGAAGAUUGUGCGCAACGAGCCCCUGGGCGUGACCGCGGGGAUCAUCCCCUGGAACGGGCCCCUGGGGAACAUCGGGAUGAAGGCCGGCCCCGCGCUGGCCACGGGCAACGUGUUCAUCCUCAAGCCCUCGGAGAAGACACCCUUUAGCGCGCUCGCGCUGGGCACCCUGAUCAAGGAGGCCGGGUUCCCGCCGGGCGUGUUCCAGAUCAUCUCGGGCGACGGCAGCACGGGGGCCAUCAUCGCAAGCCACAUGAAGAUCCGCAAGGUCAGCUUCACGGGGUCGACCACGACGGGGCGCAAGAUCCAGGAGGCCGCGGCCAAGAGCAACCUCAAGCGCGUCACGCUCGAGCUGGGCGGCAAGAGCCCUGCCGUCGUGUUUGACGACUGUAAUCUUGACAACGCCGUGGCGUGGUGUGUCAACGCCAUCACGGGGAAUACAGGGCAGGUGUGCUUCGCGGCGUCCCGGGUGUACGUGCAGGAGGGCAUCUAUGACGAGUUUGUGAAGCGGUACAAGGCCGCAAUGGAGGAGCGCGGCAAGGCCGUGGGACACCCGGAGGAGGAGGGGACCAUCAUGGGCCCGCUGGUCGACAAGGCGCAGUUUGAGCGGGUCAGCGGCUUUGUCGAGCGCGGGAGGAGCCAGGGCACGCUGCUCACGGGCGGCGGCAGGGUCGGAGACAGCGGCUUCUACAUCCAGCCGACGGUUUUCACCAAUGUUCCGCACGACGCCGAGAUCUCGCGGGACGAGAUCUUUGGCCCCGUGUCGGUGCUCAACAGCUUCAAGACCGAGGACGAGAUCAUCGCGAAGUCCAACGACACGACGUUCGGGCUCAUGGCUGGUGUGUUCACCCAGGACAUCAACAAGGCCAUGAGGCUGGCAACCGCGUUUGACAGCGGCAUGGUGGGCAUCAACUGUGUGUCGCUGUGCUUCUUGACGGCCCCGUUCGGCGGCACCAAGGAGAGCGGCAUCGGCAGGGAGAAUGCCAUCAAUGCCCUGCGAAUGUUUACCGAGACCAAGACGGUCAUGAUCAACUUGACUUACUAGUGUGCAGGCAGAGUCGGUGGUUGUGUAUUUCUUGCACCGGUGUUUAGCUAGAUGCGACACGAAGUUUUGAAUCAAUGUCUUCAAUCAUU